AAUGUUUACCCUCUGGACAAGCCAGCCAGCCUCUCCAGAGCAGCCGUGUGAUCUCUGUACCCUGCAGUGGUCAGAAUAUGGAGAACUUCUCACUCCUGAGCAUCUCUGGACCUCCAAUCUCUUCCUCCACCCUGAGUGCUUUUCCCGACAUCAUGUUCUCUCAUGCCACCAGCCUGCCAGACAUCGCAAAGACAGCAGUACCCACUGAGGCAUCCAGCCCAGCUCAGGCCCUGCCACCCCAGUACCAAAGCAUCACUGUCCAGCAAGAGAUACAGAACUCAGUGCUCUCACCAGACUGCAGCUUGGGGGACACCCACCAUGGAGAGAAGCUGAGGCGGAACUGCACUAUCUACCGGCCCUGGUUCUCCCCCUACAGCUACUUCGUGUGUGCAGACAAAGAGAGCCAGCUGGAGGCCUACGACUUCCCAGAGGUGCAGCAGGAUGAGGGCAAGUGGGACAACUGCCUUUCCGAGGACAUGGCUGAGAGCAUCUGUUCGUCCUCUUCCUCCCCAGAGAACACUUGCCCUCGAGAAGCCACCAAGAAAUCCAGGCAUGGCCUGGACUCCAUCACAUCCCAGGACAUCCUAAUGGCUUCCAGGUGGCACCCAGCACAGCAGAAUGGCUACAAGUGCGUGGCCUGCUGCCGCAUGUACCCCACCCUGGACUUCCUCAAGAGCCACAUCAAGAGGGGCUUCAGGGAGGGCUUCAGCUGCAAGGUGUACUACCGCAAGCUCAAAGCCCUCUGGGACAAGGAGCAGAAGGCCCGGCUGGGAGACAGGCUCUCCUCGGGCAGCUGCCAGGCUUUCAAUAGUCCUGCUGAACACCUUAGGUAAAUUGGCGGUGAAGCCUACUUAUGUCUCUAGAGAGAUGCCAAUAAAGUUAGUCACAGCCUUCUGUCCAGUCUGAGGUCACCCCGCACAGCCUGCUGUCCAGUCUGAGGUCACCUUGCACAGCCUGCUGUCCUUCCCAGAACCCAGCUCCCAUCCCCUUUGGCUAAUGGUUGCCUAGCAACACCAGGCACACACCUUCUCCUUUCUCUCUUUUAAAAAUAAAGACAAUACCUGAAGUUUGGGAAAAUCAUC